AUGAGCGAGAACUCGUUCAUAAACAGUGCUCCGACAAGAAUCAGGUACACGGGGUCCUUCAAAGUCUUGAAGUCAAUGCUUUCCUUGACUUUGGCCCAGACACUUGAUUUGGAAGACGUUUGGUUGGAGAUCUCGUCCAGUCUGUCGUUAAUGAGCAAACAACUGGUUGUGAGGAUCCCCAUAAAUAUGAACCCAAGAACACGCAUUGUCCAGGGGAACCCGAUCUUUGGGUACAGCGAGUUGCACACCAACGGCCAGAUCACUCCACCAAUACUUGCUCCCGGCAUGGCUAUUCCCAAAGCAAGGCCUCGUUUCUGCUUGAAAAAAUGGGCAAUACAGCUGACCAUCGGGGCCAUCAGUAGUGCGCAGCCGAUCCCGCAGCACACACCAAACGAGAGAACGAACUGCCACACUUGUGUGCAACUGGCCGUUGCCAAAAGCCCGCCGCAGAGCAGCACUGCCCCGGGAACGGCCACUUUCUUAGCACCAUAA